GGAUUUCCAGCUGCUGCAGAGCGCGAGAAAACAAGCUUGAGCGGGUGUUCCAAAAAGUCUCAGAGGGACAGUACAGCGCGUCCGCAAAUGCAGGCGUCUCAGAGGUGAAGAGGUACGUGCCGAGGAGAACUGCCCGCUAGUUUUGAAGAAGGAAGUAAGCUGCUAUGUUGGUCUGAAGAAACUUGACGGCGACAAGACGCUAAAGCUCGAACACAGAGUGGACUAUUUUAAUCAGCAUCUGAAAAAGUUUUUCCAGAUGGAAGUUGAGUGCCUGGCCUUGAGAGACCUCACAAGUUCGAGGAGAACUUUCUUAGUGGAGCCUGAGGAAGAUGAGUGCCAAAGCGAGCAAAAGGAAAACAUGCAUGCAGAGAGGAGGAGGUCCACCCCGCUGAGGACAGCCGAGUCCACCGUCCCUGCUUCGGUGAGCAGGAAGGAUUCCACUCCCGACCUGGCCCAUACCACCCCCAUGAAACAAGCGGGAGUGGCCGAGCCCUGGACCCCCACCGCCAACCUGAAGAUGCUGAUCAGUGCGGCGAGCCCAGAAAUCCAUAACAGGGAGAUGAAGAAGGUGCUGUUCAGACCGAUAGAGAAUGAGAAAAGCAAGCCAUCGAGCCCAGAGGAUACAGAGGUGGAGGACUCUUGCCAGUUUGAGGCUGCGGAUGAGGAGGAAGAUGCUGAGAAAAAGCCAAGCAGAAAGCAGAAAAGCCUGGGUUUGCUUUGUCAAAAGUUCCUGGCCCUUUACCCCGAUUACCCCCCACUGCACAGCCCCAUCUGGAUCUCACUGGAUGAGGUGGCAACCAGUCUGGGAGUGGAGCGGCGGCGCAUCUACGACAUCGUCAACGUGCUGGAGUCCCUCAUGAUUGUGGGCAGAAUAGCCAAGAACAGCUACACCUGGUACGGUCGCCAGCGGCUUCAGGCCACGCUGGAGGAUCUGCAGUGCAAGGGCCGAGAGCAAGGUUACCACCUCCAGGUGGAUCUGGCCGCUGAUACCCAGAAGGCUGGACACAGCCACGAGGAGGAUGGCGGGGAAGCUGAUGCUGGCAUCGCUGCUGGAAACAGGAAGGAUAAAUCGUUGCGCAUCAUGAGCCAGAAGUUUGUCAUGCUCUUCCUGGUGUCAAGAACUCAGAUUGUGACGUUGGACGCCGCGGCAAAGAUCCUCAUCGAGGAGAGCCAGGACUCCUCGAGCCACAGCAAGUACAAGACUAAGGUCCGGCGGCUGUACGACAUCGCCAACGUCCUGACGAGCUUGAACCUCAUCAAGAAGAUCCACGUGAGAGAGGAGAGGGGGAGGAAGCCGGCCUUCAAGUGGCUCGGCCCGGUGGAGUUCAGCAAUUCCGGAAACGCUUUACACGUAGCGGCUGUGAGUCCUGCCGACCCCGCGAUCGGACACGACCCCAAAAGGGCAAAAAUGGCCCGCCACGCCUCCUUUAACGCCCCGCCUGCUCACGUCGCCACGCAACGGCUGGUCAGCUCAGCGCCCAGCAGCCCAGGCCGCCACCCAGGUCUCCUAAACCAGCCUGCGGAUUAUUCCAGUAAGCCAACACAGAGCAGAACAAAUUGUGGACUGCAGUCUGAAAAUAACUCAGAACAUUUUGGCUCAUUUCCAUCCCUGCCUUGUUCCCUCCUCAGCAGUGGACCCCACGAGCCAUCCCAGAUGGAGCCACUCAUCCUCUCCUCUCCCCAUUGCCUGGCCUACCUGCCCAACCUGUCCCAGCCGUCCGUGGUCAUGCUGUACAGGGCACCGGAAGGGCCGGAGCUGGCCCCUGUUGGUCAGAGGUCACCUGAGGUGGAGAGAAAGAGGAGGAGGGAAGCAAGCGAGGAGGAGGAGAUGCUAUCGAGAAAGAAACAGGGCUCUGGGCUCGAGGAAAGCUUCCAGGUGAAAGCUGAUCCUCAGGCGGGUUGCCCACACUUAUCCAGCACCAGGACUUCCUCGGCCCUCCCGAACGAGCGGGUGUCCGCUGAGACCCACAGGGGCAACGGUGGCGAGCACGUCCCACCAUCACACUACCUCUACAUACCCAACCACGCAGGAUUAAGCAACCUUAACUUCAUCAACUUCAUACCGGCCGGGCAGCCGCCCGCCGUGGCUCUGCCAUACGUCCUGGUGCCCUCGGCCGCCCUCUCCCACUACCCGCUGUUGGCCAGCGGCGUGCAGCACCAAGGCUCCGACCGGCCCGCCAACAUGACGUUCACCGUUCCCGCCAUGAUGCCGCCCACCCACUUCAUGGUCGGGGCCACGCCCUACGCCGCUGCCCCUGAGAUGGGCAGCUCGGCGCAUCCGUCGCCGGCCACGCCGGAGCAACAGCACAGGCCUCGCGCGUCGGCGGCGAGCACGCCACAUUCUCCACCCGGGCCGCAGCGGGUGGUCAGCACCAGCACCAGCACCCCAGAGCCACUGACUCCAAACACCCCAAAGGAAACUACCUCCUCUUCGAAAGCUUUCUUCCAGACUCCAGGAACUCUGGGGAACGCGGCCAGUUCUGUGCAGACGUCAAGGAAGAGGGGUUCAGCUCAGAGGAGACUGGACAUCGGCCACCCGCCGGCCGAGCUUUUCUGAAACGUGUCUUUUACGCUCGAUGUUCCAUCUUCAAAUGGUACAAUAUGGUUAAGUUAAAAAAAAAAAGAAAGAGGGUAAAACAUAAGCUUUUGGUGAUUGGUCUUAAAGAAAAUGCAAGGACAUACAUUUUGAGAAAAAAAGAAAAGUCGUCAGUGAUGUGAAAUUAACUUUAGGAAAACAUUUCAGGGAAGCAAAAGAAAUCUUUAUAUGUCUUUCAUCUUUGCUUUGUGACUUUCAGUUUUAAGCAAACUGUACUUUCUAUAUUUUAUUCUAUUUGUUUUAAAUACAACACUGUAUUACUUCCAAACAAACAGUUUAAACGUAUCUCAUCUUUAGAUUAUUGAACAUUUCAUUUAACUAGACAGUAUUGCCAAUGUAACAGGGCCCUCCUUCAUUUCUUCCUUGAUUCCCCACUCAAAUAACAUGAUUAAGCUACCUAAUUCGUCCUUUAUAUAAGUGCCCAAUUGUUAUUUAAACGUAAGCUAAUAUAUAUCCGUAACUGGGAUUGUAAAGGAACGCCAACCUUUUUUCUGAGCACUAAUAACUUCUCAAAUGUACAUGGGGAGUUUUGGAGCAACUUACUUUAAGGGGACCAGUGAAACUGUUGCAUUAUGAAGGUGGAAGAGGAAGGUGCUGAUCACACGAUUGAGAGCGGCGAUUGUGGGUUCAUCCACCCUUUGCUCGAUUUCGACGUCUCUCAGUGGAGGUGGAACUAAAAAUCACUAGAGCCUUAAAUGUUUACAGCCUUACAAGUAUCGGAACUGUUGAACUGAAUCAUCAGGAAGAAAAAUACAGCGUCUGUUUUUAUUUCUGAGGACCUUUAACCAUAGUUUUUAUGGUUGAGCACCAAAUCUUGGCACUGUUACGGAUGACUAACAGACACAAUGUGACGAUGCUCUCAGGUACUUGAAUAGUAGUACUAAAUGUAAUUUAUAUCAAGAGUACUGUAAAAAAUGAAAACAAAAGGAAGCCUUUAAUUAUUAAGGGAAGAUAGAUAGAGCUUAUAUGUAAAUCUUUUUGUUUUGUUUUUUUAAAUAACUCCUUAUAUGGGUAUACAGGAAGUGGUUGGGGGUCAAGUGCUGGGUUUUAAGGCAUCUAGCUAGCAUUUUUCAAGUUGAAACUGUCAUGUCUCACCAGUCCACGUGAAUCAUACUCCACAUGACUGCUUUUUUUUAAAAGCCGAGACGCAUAACUCCCCUUUUAGAGUGGGAACGGUAGCCAUUCAAGUACAGUUUUGUAGUCAGGAUUUUUGUCGGUUUUUAGUGUCAUUUUUAAACUUUCCAAAAAUUGGUUAAAUGCUGCUUCCCCCCCCUUUUUUUUUUUUUUUUUCACAGGAAACUGUGAUUGCACUCGGUUUAGGUAGCGGUGUCUGUUUAAAACCCUGUUAUUUUUGUUUCCUCAUGUACUCAUUUCUGUAGUUUUGGAGCUUGCUGGUUUCCUUCUUCUAUGGCUUUCACAAAGUUAAAAUAAAAUGUACAUUAUUUUCUAACGCAACCAUUGUGUUAUUUACAUUCUAUUGAACUUUGCUUGUGGUG